UUCUCAUCCGAGAGCGUCAGUAAACUUCGACAGGACUCGUUUUUAUUAAAAACAAUGGAGUUAGAAUUAAAAGAAUUGGCGAUCGCCCUUUACGAUAUCAACGCCGUGAAGUUCGGCGACUUUGUCACGAAGGCCGGCUUGAAGACGCCAAUUUACUUCGACCUGAGAGUCAUUAUAGCACAUCCAAAAUUAAUGCAAAGACUUUCCAAAUCGCUGUGGAAGCUGCAUACCCAAAAGUCCAAAAGCAUCGCACAGAUCUGUGGAGUCCCUUACACGGCGCUGCCACUGGCCACAUUAAUUUCGACCGAGAACGACAUACCGAUGUUGAUUCGGCGUAAGGAGGCCAAGGCGUAUGGUACUAAGAAAUUGAUAGAGGGAAAAUAUAGCGACGGGGAUCCUUGUAUUAUCAUCGAAGAUGUUAUUACAACGGGCAGUAGUGUCCUGGAGACGGCGAAAGACUUGAAAGAAGCAGGACUGACCAUUACCGAGGCUCUGGUCAUUGUGGACAGAGAACAGGGUGGGUGGCGAAACCUUAAGAGGAAUGGAAUCGUCGUUAAGUCCCUGUACACAAUUUCACAAUUAAUGGAAUAUCUCCUCGAAGCUGGCAAGGUAACUUCGGUGGACGUGAAGAAUGUUGCGGAAUACUUGAAGAUGUGCAAAGCACCUGUGCUCGUAGAAAAGAAAGAGAAGAGUCGACUAUCGAUGAACUUUCUACGCAGAGCGGCAGAGUCCAAGAACCCAGUGGCAUCGAAGCUGUUUCGAUUAAUGUCCUCGAAGGAGACUACACUGUGUCUGGCUGCAGACUUAACGACAACUAAUUCCAUCCUGGAACUUGCCAAUCUAGCCGGACCUCACAUAGCAGUUCUAAAAAUCCACGUGGACAUCGUCGAAGACUUCACAAAGGAUUUUACGAAGCAGUUGCGACAGUUAGCAGAGAAGCACGACUUUCUGCUUAUGGAGGACAGAAAGUUUGGUGACAUCGGUCACACAGUGUCGCUUCAAUAUCAAAAAGGUGUCUACAGGAUCGCAGAGUGGGCAGACUUUGUUACGGUACAUCCAAUUGCAGGACCUAAAAUCAUCUCUGGCUUGGAAACUGCUCUCGAUGGAAUCUCAGAGCAUCGAGGAUUUUUCCUGGUGUGUGAAAUGUCCUCCGAAGGAGCCCUGACCACCGAAGACUACAUUAGAAGAGCUGUUUCCAUGGCCAAGUGCUCCGAAACAAUCGUCGGAGUGGUCAGUCAAAGUGAGGUUAUAUCCGACCCAGGUUUGAUUCAGCUGACUCCUGGUGUCAGGCUUUCGGAGACUUCGGACAGCCUUGGGCAGAGAUAUAACACACCGGCGACUGUUGUCGCCUCUGGAGCGGAUUUAGUGGUCGUAGGAAGAGGCAUCACCGAAGCAAAUGACAAGUUAGCCGCUAUUCUUCGGUACAAGGAAGCACUCUGGCAGGCUUAUAAAAAAAGAAUCAAUGAUUCGUAGCAAUUAAGAGUGUCAUUGACCGAAGGAAUCGAAGCAUUCCAUCCAUCUAGCACGUAGUGGUGUUUUAUAACUUAGAAUAUUGAUAUUUAGCGAACAAAGUAACGAGAACCAUCGACAGCUGAAAGAUGCAAAGCAUUUACAUUCAGAAAGUAGGAUUCUUUUACAGUUAAGAAUAUCAGUUUACGAGUAACCAAAGUAAUCGAAGCAACUGGAAAUUGGAUAUUAAUCAGAAAGUACUUGAAUGAGUCGUUUCAGGUUGUCGAACGACCCAAAACAUCGUUAAUGUGAAAAGUGUACAGUGUUCUUAGAUGUUUUAUACAAAGUGGAGGCUUCAAAGAAGUCCCAAACUGUGAAAUAUCUCAACGGUGCAUUCCUGGAAGCCUGAGAAGUGAAUGAGCAUUUCGAUAUUCAAUCUAUUUGUGUUCGAAGUGCUUUUAAAAUCAUGGUACAACUUCGACAGAGGCUUGCCAGCCACUGCUCUAAAGCUGCGAUACAAAGUGUACCUUUAUUUUUUUACAACCAAAGUAUGUAGCACGAUAUAAAAACGAUCAUUUUUCCCUA